UGUGUCAACAAUUUUCGCAGUGACAUUUUUCAGAAUUUUGCGACGUUUUACAAUUUGCAUCCCCUAAAUCUGUGCGGUUUUUGACUUUUCGCGACGAAAUUUGAUAAUUUUCUUUACUUCAGCCCAUCCGCUAUGUCGCUCAUUAUCUACGAAUUCAUACCCUAACAAUACUAAGUCGUGGAUUGACUGUUCCGUUUCAAUCAAAUCUCUGAUUGUAACCUGUGGAUUCUUAAUUUUCAAAAUCAGUUGUAGAUGUUAGUGAUAGAUGUCAAGUUGGUUAGAAAUAUGAUAGCAUGCUCAGCUUCUGGAAGAAAAAUAACAGUGCGAAAGCACCUUCUCCGUCAACUGCAGUCAAAUCAAGAAAUGGCUCCUUCGCGGCUUCAAAGGAUUUUGAGCCAGGGCGCGUAGGACCUCUGUCCUCUUUUGAUCCCUCAGGCAUUGAAGUUCGAGUGUCGGAUCAAUCCCACCUUCAAUUAGAUCUUCGGGGUUGCUUGAAUGACAAGACAGCCCAAGCGUAUUUCACGCAGUUUUUGGAAUCACGAGACCUGGUGAAAACUCUUCAGUUGUAUUUUGAUGUCGACCUCAUUUGUUCUCGGAAUAUCCUCCAAAAUGAGGUGGCACGAUCAGAAAAGAACUCGAUUGAGAAACUGCCACCAUCUGAUCCACUUCAGAUGCAAUCCGAAGGCAUCAAUUUUGAAUGUUCGUCUAAUGCUGAUGGCAGAUUGACAUGUGAUAAAAGAAAUUGUGAUAGUGACUUUGCCAAUGAAAAAAGUGGUCCUGCGUCGCCAAAAACGCCAGUGAACACGAGUAGAUUUGAUCAAAUUAGUAGAAAAGUCCUGAGGAAUAGCUUCAGCGACUCGUUUAACGACUCAUCCGGCCAUUGUGAUAAGCUAGAAAAACAUAGGAGAACACCCAGCUCAUCGGACUUUUCUCCCGGUGAUCGUGAUUCUAGUAAAGUCUCCCCAUCGAAAUCAAAGCAACAGGGGUUUGGAGCGGAGCCUGGUGCCAGGUUCAAGGACAUCGACGCAUAUUACUCCAAGUUUGAAGCAAUCAUGAGCCAAGGAGAAGUAACAGAAGAAAUGUCCAUCGAGCUUUUUCAGUUAAAAUCUGUCCUUUUUCAGUGCCUACAAGAGUGCUGGUCAGAAUUUAUCAACAGCGAAUUUUUUUACAAGUAUCAAGUUGAGAUCCUUACAAAUGGCUCCGUAGACCUUUGUGAUAUUUUGAAUCAUGAGACUUCACUCAGCUAUUUUAUGGAGUUUUUGGAGGGUGAAGGCUGCCAAUCCAUUGUCGAGUUUUGGCUCGCCGCCUCCCAUUUUCAAAGGUUCUUACAAAAUUGUGGAUCUGAAUACAAUGCAGAACAGGCACAAGAAGAUGCUGUUAUUAUUUAUGAUAAGUAUUUAUCACUGCAGGCUACAACACCUUUAGGAUUUUCGGACACAGUGCGUUGUGCUGUGGAACUGGCCAUUUGUCGUGAAAAUGAGUUACCGCUGCCAAAUUGUUUUGAGCCUGCUUUAAACGUGGCUCUGUCCUACCUGAAAACACAUAGUCUUCCUGCUUUCUUUUCUUCUCAGCAUUAUGUUCGGCUUCUCUCAGACAUGAUCAAAAACAGCGCUUACAAAAGCAACUCCCCCACCUCUUCAGUCAGUGAAUUCAGCACGGAUUCCAGAUUGUCCUCUAUUAGCUCCAAAAUUGAUCCUGACUUUAUCUAUAGGAAAAGACAACAAUGUGGUUUGAGCUUGGGGCAUAUUGAUCAGUUAGGCCGCUUUGAAACAACCAUCGAACCAGAACCAGACAAGAAAUCAGAGUCCAAAAUUUCACGGGUAGUUAGGAAAUUAGUCAACAAAGGUGAAGACAAGGUUCAAGAAGAAAUGGCUUGGCGAGUCGCAGAAAUGAUCGUGAAAGAUGUCACAAGUGUUACAAUGGGAGGACUAGAAGAUGAUUUUUCAUGACAAUUGGAGGCCAUCACUUACAGGAUUGUAAUCUAGUCAUUGGUGAAUAAUAUUCAGUCUCAGCGUAAAGGACAAGUUAAGGGGGUUUGAGCAUGAGCUGUCUAUGAAUGGUAUCCUCCCACCAAGAGACUUUCAAACUUUGAAUCGCUGAGUCUCUUUAAUGGAUUUGUCUACGAUUUACAAGGAGCACAAAUCUUUCUCAAGUGCUUUAGACAUUGGACAUUAUCUAAAUUAAAAUCUCUCCAAAUUGUCUCUAGGAACUGUUGCACCGUUUUUAAUCUGCGAGUAUAACAUGCAGAAGCUUCUAAGAAUCUUUAGACCCUUGUACUAAUAUCAAUGAUUUUGACUUGUGUUUCUUACUCAAAAAUUGGUCUAUAAACAAGAGGAAGAGAGACACAAGUGAUCAAAUUUUAGGCAAGCGAUUUACAUUCAACAUGCUCUCUUGACAAUGGUGCUGAUCAAUUUACCAUAACAUAUUGGGCUAGUGAGCAAGUUAUCAGACGGUAUUACGGCGGAUGAUACUUGAAAAAUAGUUGGAAAUCAUUAGAUUGUUCAGAAUGUCAAGUUUCUGUUUUCGAUAUUACUGAAUAUUUCACCCUUGAAAGAUGCCACAGGAUAGUAAAUAUGACACUAUCAUUUGAUUUAGUGUUCUUAACCAGUGAUGAAUGAUGAAGAAAAUGAUUAGAUUGAAUAUGACUCGCCUUAUGUUGAUGAGUGACGAGUGAUGACAAUGUUUGAUUGAUUCUCAACCAAUCAGAGUCAAGAAAGUUCACAAUGUAUCAUCUCCCAAACAUAUCUCCUCUGCAUUGUUUCAUCAUACAAGAAUUUAUUUUUUCAUUGGAGAACCAUACCACGAAAAUUUUAGUGGCCUCUCUCACCAAAGUAAAGAAGAAUCACUGAUAAUCUCAGGCAAAAUCAAGUGACGAUUCCUUUUGAAAAAGGAAUCGUAAAUCUGUAUGUAUAGAGUACUGAAACAGCGCAAUUGAGAGGCGUUCCUUCUUGCAAAGGAAGCGACGAAUUAUACAACUGUGUAUAAGAUUCUGACCAAUACCACCUACUCAUACCUUUCACCGCCGAAAAAAAGCUAGGCGGUUAGGUAACCUUGGUAAAAAUAACUGCUAUUCCUCCAAUGUUAAGAUGCAAGUAAUUUUUUUGGAAAUACUCGUUCUGUGCAGAGGUAAGUGUUUAUUGUAGUAAUUAAUUGUCCUAAAUGAGAGUACCGUGGGAAAUUUAAGUAAAUCAAGCAUCCAAAGUAUAAUUAAAGUCGGACUUUCUCACCUGGGCCAGCUUCCAGUUAAGUGAAGCUUUGUUUCUCUUUUACGCAAUUUUAACGCUUUUAAGUCCUUCAUUCUCAAGUGCGCAUUUGAAAUUAAAGCUGUGGUGAAAUUUUUGCACGUAAUUUUCUUUUCGAAGAUUCACUCGUUUCAGCAGUCCCCAUAAGAUGCCACGUAUUUUGUUCUUUACCACGGGUUGCUAACCUCUCUCUGCGCUGGAAGGUAUGAUUAGGUGGUAUUGUUCUGACCCAUUCAGUGUAACAAUUUUUUUCAUGAUUCAUUUUGAAUCCUUAAAUUGAUUUCACAAAAGUUAAGCUGAAAAUUCUCAGUUAAGUUUACAAGCCCAAUUUUAUUUAAAAGUAGAGUUGAACUAUCAGCCCAUGAGAGGCUAUGAUCAGUAACAGAUAGAAAGAGAGCGCUUGAAGUGUCACAAUGUAGCUUUGGUUAAUUCUUCUGUUCGGAGGAACUCAAGUGUGAUUUUGUUUAAGAGCUGCCUAGCAUGAUCAGUCUUUAAAAUGGCCUUUUUCCAAUAAGUGAAGCUGCUAGGUGCAUUUAUUUACAAAUUUACCAAUAAUAUUCAGCAGUGCUCCUUCAUGAGCACUCAAAUCUUCUCUCGUGACUUCCAUCCUGAUGUUUUGAAGCGAUUGUUCUUGUAAGUUUGUAGUUUUAAGCUCGGUCCACAAGGGAAUAGAAAAGGGCUACUGAGUUGCUUACAUGACAAAGCUGCCCCGACUGCACGUGUGCUGAACCAAUUAAAAAUUCUCUCAUUUGAAAUUUUUUCUCUUCAGUCCUAAUUUUUUCAAACUUGAUACAUGGAAACCUCAAUUCCAAAAGUUGAUCAUAGCUGCUGUAAACCAAUAGUCGAAUCAGGCAUUUGAUGAAAUCAAUAUGCCCUAAAAUUUUAUCAAAUGCCUCGGCAGAUGGUCAAAUUUUGAAAAAUGACGAAUGUGUAUGUUUUCACGAAGAGCUCUUGGAUUUUAGAUGUUUGAACGUGAGAAUUUCAUCAAACUACAAACCGUCAUUGAAUUUUUUUUACAAAAUGUUUCUCAUAUACUUUUAACAGACAAAUUUGCGGAAACUCUUUGUUUUCAAAAAUACUGCAUCUUGUAACAUGAACGCUGAUUUCAGGGCUGGAAAUCAUUACAUCAACCAUGAAAUGAUCCAAAUUUAAAAAAUAAAGUCUAUUCAUGAAGGCAACAAUUAUUUUGUUUAAAAUUAGUGAGAGAAUCAGAAUUUCAACCUGAGAAAGAUUAUUUGA